CAGCCGAGCUGAGAGCAAUGAAUCCUGGGUACUCCUCUGCACCUUACUCUGCUGAGACCGUCGCACUGCAGGGCAGGAGACAUGAAGUGUCCCCUGGACAGUCUGGAGGUCUCACAGGAGUUCAGCACACCAUAGUGAACGUCCCCACUGAGCCCACAAGAGAUUAUCUGGUCUGGUCGCUCUGGAACUUCGUCUAUGGAAACUUUUGCUGUCUUGGAUUGGCGGCUCUCAUCUGUUCUGUUAAAGCCAGAGACAGGAAGAUGGUUGGAGAUCAACUCGGAGCCAGAGGUCACGCCUCCACUGCUCGGGUUCUCAACAUCGCGGCGACUGUACUGACAUCUUUAACCUUCAUUCUCUGCAUUGUUGUGCCCAUUGUUGUGACUGCACAGGGGGGAAAAAUAUCCCAGAUAUAACAAGUAAUUGUUCCGUGGUAUGAGGGCUUUUCAAAGACCACGACUCGUCUGCUUUUCUGUUUAUAUUUUGGUGCCUCAAAUAAAAUUGUAACAGUCGUACAAGUAGUAAGAUCUGAAGCAAUAGGGAAAAACGUCAUUUGAAUAAAGUUCACUUGCUUAAAAUCUGCAAAGUGUGUUUCAGCUCAGAAUGAAAAGCUUGCAUCAUGAUGAUUAUAAAAACAAUCCUGUACUCUAUAAGACACAGCAGUGUAAUUUAUUUUGUGUGUAGCCUCUUGUGUCAUUUUAAACCAAAAACAUAUUUGGUCACGAAUUGACAAAGUGAGGACAAUAAAAACAAAAAUCUAAAUGUAAAAAAUAAAAUUAUGACAAGUGAAUCAUAACAUUUAUAUCAUAUUAAUUACACUGGCUUGUACUCGUCUCAUUGCUCAUAAUUUCCAGGUUCCCCCUGGGGGCGACUUUUGGCUUUAGGUUUUCAGCACUUCCUGUUUCUCGGUCACAAAUUUCUUCAAUCUUCUUCCAAGUCUAGCUUUUAAACCACAUUAAAAAAGUUAUUCUUUGCUUAAAAAACAUG